AGAGUGGAAAGCAGAAGCCAGCAACCAUAUAAGUUGUACUAUAAGUAUUUUCCCUAUCCCCUGCAAUGGAAGGCUGCAGAGGGACUGUGCAAGCAGCAGUCUGGGACCUUAGCCACCAUAUCCAACCAGGCAGAGAACCAACAGCUAAGCAGCAUCUUAAAUUACUGGAAUAUAUCUCAUCCCGUGUGGAUUGCCAGGAAAAUCUUAACCCAUCAAAAAAAUUCUUCGGAGACAAUCAUCCUGGAUUUCUCCAAGCGCUCCGACCAGACGUAUGCCCUCUUCCUGCGCCAGUUCCCCUCCAUGAGCUCAAUGACUAUCUGUACCCAACUACGCUUUGAUCCAAACAGCUCCGGAAUUUUCAAAAUUUUUUCCUAUUCCGUCUAUGAUUUCCAGCUCCAAGCAAAACUGGUCCAGGGCAAACCUGUGCAGUUGGCUCUGCGGUUCCACUACAAGCAAGGGUCGUAUGCCGAAGCUUUCAAACAUGACAGCCUCUGGCAUUCUGUGUGUGUUUCUUGGAGCCUGGAUGUUGGAGCCUGGGCCCUCUAUGCUCACGGUCGCAUGAUUUCAAGUGGGGAUGGUAUAAACAGGGAUGUUGACAGCAUCGGCCCAAAUGGAGAUUUCAUUAUCGGUCAGGGCAAGCAUGGGAGCUCCUCUGAGUCCAAUGACUCAUUCUCAGGGAGCAUCACCGAGCUGCAUGUUUGGAAUCGGGUUUUGAGCAGCUGUGAAAUAUUCACCAUGGAAAAUGAAUGCUCAAUCAUCUCCUCUGGACUGGUAUUGAAGUGGGAAAAAGUUCAUCCGGAAAUAGUGUCCCCUAAUAAGCAGUGGAACAACAGUCCAUGUCAAGGAAAAUCUACUGAUUUCUCUACCGAUUCUUUCGAUUCCUUGUUGAAUCGGACAUCUUGGGAUGACCCACCUUUCUCCGUUAAAGUGUACCGAUGUAAGGAGGUGAUGUUCAUUCAUAGCCACUACGGCCACCUCAGUGAGGUGGUGUCUGCAGCAGAGCAACCUGCAGAAAGUCAGAGCGACAAAGCUGGAAGUGUUCUUUCAGGCAAACUAAGCUCUGCUGUCAUAUCAGCAAGCGUUCGAGAUGUCUCUAAGGCAAAAACCAUCCCUGUUGCUGUCCAGUAUACCCUUUCAUCUUCACAAGUGGUGGAUUUUUCCCAGAACAAUUCUGCUGUUUGUGCAUUUUGGAAUUUCAGCUUGAUGCACAGCCAUACCAGUAGCUGGUCCAGUGAUGGCUGCUCUGUGAUCUCUGUCUCCUCUGGAGUCACUUCUUGUUUGUGUAACCACACAACCAAUUUUGCUGUUCUGAUGAACUACUUUGAACCCGAGUGGAGUCCUGAAGAAAAACUUAUUUUGACCAAGCUUACGUUCAUUGGUUGUGGCGCCUCUCUCUGCGCACUAGUGGUGACCCUGAUGCUCUUCACUGUGCUGGACAUCCCUAAAUCAGACAGGACCUCCAUCCAUAAAAACCUCUUCAUAGCUCUGAUCUGUGCCCAGGUGAUUCUGCUCUGCAGUGGCUCAGCCAUUCACAACAAGGUGGCGUGUACACUUGUAGCUGCACUGCUCCAUCUCUUCUUCAUGGCAUCUUUUAGCUGGAUGCUUGUCGAAGGGCUGCUGCUCUGGAGCAAAGUAGUUGCAGUCAACCUCAGCGAGGUUCAUCAUAUGAAGUAUUACUAUCUCAUUGGCUGGGGUCUGCCUGUACUGAUAGUAACCAUCACUCUUGCAUCAGCCUCUGGUAAAUAUUCAGCUGAUGACUACUGCUGGCUCAGUGUCCAGAAUGGCAUCAUUUGGGGAUUUGUUGGACCUGUUAUCUUCAUCAUAAUGGUCAACAUCUUGGUUCUGACCAGAGUGGUAAUUAUCACCAUCUCCACAGCUAAGAGAAGGUCCAUCAUGCUUGCCUUGGGUCUGAGUCCUGUUGAACAAGCCUAUGAGCAAAUCAGGGCUGCAGUGAAAGCAGUGUUGGUGUUGCUGCCGAUCCUCGGACUGACGUGGUUGUGUGGUGUUUUGGUCCCAUUUUCCAUCGUUAUGGCCUAUCUCUUCAUUCUUCUCAACUCCCUACAGGGCCUGUUCAUCUUUCUGAUCUAUGGGGUGUACAACACAGAGGUUUGGAGUACUGUCAAUAGAAUCAAGGAAAGAAGAAAAGCGCUCAAUUUUUCUAACUGUGCAAGCUCCCGACCAUCCAGUUCUGUAACCACCUCCCGUCCUGUAAGUUAUCCACUUGGAUCAACGCCAAGCCAGGAGGAAGACGCCUACCCAAGCAGCAACAUGGCCUACCCCAAGAUGGAGGAGGAGAGGAGCAGGAGUCAAUUAACCAGCCCUUGUCCUGAGGAAAAAUCCCUGCUACAAACCUUCACAUCCUCUCAGCUGGAAAAGAAGGAGCCCCCACCUGUAGAAGUGGAUACUUUGCCAGCUGGAUGCAGUCUUCAUGUUCCCAUGGACGUUGAGUUUGCAGCUUCCUGUUUUCCUCGCUUUCCCCCACCAUGAAUAAAUAUGUGUUUGUUACAGUUACCUCUGUUUUUGUGGUAAAGAAUGGAGGAAGUACUCACUCUAACUUUAACAUCAACUUUGCAAUGUACUGGAUGAUAUGUACGUGUAACACCUCAAAUGUAGCCUAUGUGUAAUAUAGUGUUUUUUCCCUAUGCAGACAAUAUAUUUAGUAAGAAAAUAAAGCUUAGUUUAAGAUCCUCUUGUUUCCUUGCUAUACAGUUACCAUAUAUUGUAUUUAUCUGGCCCAUUCUCACUUUGAGUUGACAAUAUUUCUCUGAUAAUUUUUAACUCGAACUUUAACCAUUAACUAAAACACCAAAUGUGACAGAAUCUGAACUGGAAGUUGGAGUCUGCAUUUCUUUGUACUGAUUCAGUUAGAUUAUUAGGAAUGUGAUGCAUUAAACUUGGUUGUUUUUCCUAAUAAAAGAUGUAGUUGAGGGCUUGUUCCUGCACAUUAUGGAUAUUUUGUUCAUUUAAAUGUUUUAUAGUUUAGCAUUUUUAAUACUAAAAAGCAAAAUAAAUCAGUUUAAUAAGUAAUAUAAUAAUUUGUUAAACAAUGACAUAAUCUGCCUCAGAGAAAGAUAUAUCAAAACCAAGAUGAAAUGAAUACAUUCAGUUUCUCAGCAGCAGUUUAAAGUUGUACAGUAGCUGGGAAAAGAAGUUUUACUGUGUUCUGAAGUGUUUUUGUGUGUGCACACGGUCUAUCUGGCACAUAGCCUAAGUAUAGAUUGUUCACAAGCAAACAGCUGGACUGCUUUCCACGGCUUUUAAUGUAUAACUCACUAUACUAAUUUCUUAUUCGAAAGCUUUCAUUUAACUAUAUCUAAAAAGAAAAAGAAAAACAAGACUCCAAUGGGUUAAAGCAGGAUGUUUUCCAACAAUGCAGAAAGAGGAGAGCUUUAUAAUGUCCUUUGUGUUUCCUGCUUGUGGAAUGAAGUUUCUCUACACCAAAAGAAGUUCACAGUAUC